ACGAUAUUAAGAUCACGGCAUCAGACGAUGGUAUGCACCUACGACGCGUUGAAGAAGUCCUCAGCAGACUCGAUCGGUGCAACAUGCGGGUGAAUCUCGAAAAAUCUGAAUUCUUCAAAGAUAGCAUAGAAUACUGUGGCUACAUUAUCAGCAAAGAGGGCAUUCGGCGAAUGAAAAGUAAGAUCCAGGCGAUCCAAGACAUGAAAGUGCCUACUAAUCGAGAGGAGGUUAGAGCCUUUAUGGGCCUCGUGAAUUAUUACGGCAGAUUUGUGCGAAAUCUAAGUGACAUAGUAUACCCUAUUAAUCGGCUACUGCAAAACAGCGUAGAGUUCAUUUUCGAUAACAAAUGUAUGAAGGCAUUCGAAGAAAUUAAAAAACAUAUGCAAUCGGACAUCAUACUCACACAUUAUGAUCCGAAGUUACCAGUCACCUUGGCCGUUGAUGCCAGCCCAAUUGGAGUCGGCGCAGUAUUGAGUCACACGUAUGGCGAUGGUUCGGAAAGGCCGAUACAAUUCGCUUCACAAACGCUGAACAAAGUACAACAGCGCUAUUCACAACUGGACAAAGAAGCCUAUGCAAUCAUAUUUGGGAUACGUAAGUUUUACCAAUACCUGUACGGCAGAAAGUUCACUCUCGUUACAGAUAAUCGGGCAAUUUCGCAAAUAUUUUCACCAAGUAAGGGGAUACCAACCCACUCAGCAACUCGUAUGCAACAUUAUGCAUUAUUCCUUGAACAGUACGAUUACGUUAUCAAAUGCAAGCGUUCGAAAGACAACGCUAAUGCAGAUGCGCUGUCAAGGCUGCCAACCAUAGAGGAACACAAAUGCACAGAGGAGGUGUACAUGGUGGAAGAAGAAUUGUUGGAUAAUUUACCAAUAACCGUCACCGAUCUCCAACGAGAAACAAAGGCGGAUAAAUCGAUUAAAUCCUUGCUAGAAGGUUUGAGAUACGGCCGAAUCUGCGAACCAAAAGACCGUUUUGACAUUGACCAACAUGAGUUCACACUACACAAUGGUUGUAUCUUGCGGGGAAUACGUGCGUAUAUCCCUAGGAGUCUUAGGCAAAGAGUACUGGACGAAUUGCAUACAGCACACUUCGGCAUAGUUCGAAUGAAAAGUCUAGCCAGAGCUUAUGUUUGGUGGAACCAAUUAGACAAAGACAUUGAAGAGCUAGUACAGAAAUGUGUACCGUGUCAAACUACAAGACCCAAUCCAAAAAAGGAGCCACCAGGCCACACUUGGAAAACGCCUACUAAAGCGUUUGAACGGGUCCAUAUAGAUUAUGCCGGCCCGAUAAUGGGCAAAUAUUUGUUCGUACUUAUCGAUGCCUACAGGAAGUGGCCUGAAGUACACGUAACGCCUAAUAUGAAUACAGAAACCACCAUUGAAAAAUGUCGGGAAAUAUUUUCGCAAUUUGGUAUCCCGAACAUUAUGGUGAGUGAUCAUGGGCGGCAAUUUAAUUCGAGUGAGUUCCAACAUUUUUUGAAGUGCAACGGCAUUGCCCACAAACAAGGUGCGCCAUACCAUCCAGCUACAAACGGCCAAGCUGAACGUUAUGUACAAACCAUCAAACACAAAUUAAUUGCAGCAAAAUGCACAGCAGACUCAUUGAAAGCGGAAUUAUCAAAAAUUUUAUUAGCAUACAGGCGUACCAUUCACCCAGUGACAAACAAGUCACCGUCGAUGCUUAUUCUAGGCAGGCAGAUUCAAUCCAGAUUGGACUUACUUCUGCCGCAGAAUAACCAAAUAAACAACAAUCAAGCAAUGAAGCCAACGCAAAAACGAAUGAUGAGCGGUGAUCGAGUAGCAGUACGCGAUUAUCUCUCAAAGAGGAAGUGGCGAUUCGGAGUGGUCGAAUCGUGUAAAGGCGAUUUACACUACAACGUGAGACUCGAUGACGGUCGCAUAUGGACAAGGCAUGCCGAUCAAGUGAGGAGAUCGGGAGUAGUAGCCCACAGUGAGCAAGCAACAACAGCAAACGGAGAACAGGUAACUAACAACACAGAGACGCCGGAGACAAACACACCACGCGAAAAUCCGCCAGGGUUUUCAAGGCAAUCAAUCAACGCAUUACCUAUUCCGAAACCCACAGUGACGGCUGAGCCUG